AUGGAUCCCCUCACAGAGCUCAGCCAGGAGGGCGCGGGCGGCGGGGAGCCGCCGGGCGACGGGCCGCUCUGGACCGCCGUCUUCGAGUACGAGGCGUGCGGCGAGGACGAGCUGAGCCUGCGGCCGGGGGACGUGGUGCAGGUGCUGUCCCGGGACUCGCACGUGUCCGGUGACGAGGGCUGGUGGACGGGCAAGAUCGACCAGCGCGUCGGCAUCUUCCCCAGCAACUACGUGAGCAGCGGCGUGCAGGGGGGCGGCCCGGAGCUGCGGGCCCGAUAUCCGCCGCCCCCCGCUAUACAGCUCCUGGAGAUCGACUUCUCAGAGCUUGUUCUGGAGGAAAUCAUUGGCAUAGGGGGCUUCGGAAAAGUGUAUCGAGCUGUAUGGAUAGGAGAUGAGGUUGCUGUCAAGGCAGCUCGCUAUGAUCCUGAUGAGGACAUCAGCCAGACCAUUGAGAAUGUCCGCCAAGAGGCCAAGCUCUUUGCAAUGUUAAAGCAUCCCAACAUCAUUGCCCUGAGGGGUGUGUGUUUGAAGGAACCUAAUCUUUGUUUAAUCAUGGAGUUUGCCCGUGGUGGAUCAUUAAAUAGAGUGUUGUCUGGUAAAAGGAUACCUCCUGACAUACUAGUGAACUGGGCUGUACAGAUUGCAAGGGGAAUGAACUACCUGCACGAGGAAGCAAUUGUUCCCAUAAUUCACCGUGACCUGAAGUCCAGCAACAUACUGAUACUCGAAAAGGUGGAAAAUGGAGAUCUGAGCAACAAGAUAUUGAAGAUCACGGAUUUCGGCUUGGCCAGGGAAUGGCAUAAAACUACCAAAAUGAGCGCAGCUGGGACAUAUGCCUGGAUGGCUCCUGAGGUCAUCCGCUCCUCCAUGUUCUCCAAAGGCAGCGAUGUGUGGAGUUACGGUGUGCUGCUUUGGGAGCUGCUAACAGGGGAAGUACCAUUCCGAGGAAUUGAUGGUCUUGCAGUAGCAUAUGGUGUUGCCAUGAAUAAACUUGCCCUUCCAAUCCCUUCCACGUGUCCAGAGCCUUUUGCCAAACUCAUGGAAGAUUGCUGGAACCCUGACCCACACUCACGACCUUCCUUUGCCAGUAUCCUAGACCAUCUCACCGCCAUAGAAGAGUCUGGUUUCUUUGAAAUGCCCAAAGAUUCCUUCCACUCCCUGCAGGAAGACUGGAAACAAGAGAUCCAAGAGAUGUUUGAUCAGCUCAGAGCCAAAGAAAAGGAGCUGCGCACAUGGGAAGAAGAACUGAGUCGUGCUGCUGUUGAACAGAAGAACCAUGAGGAGUUGCUACGAAGGAGGGAACAGGAGCUGGCAGAACGUGAGAUUGACAUCCUGGAAAGGGAGCUCAACAUCAUUAUCCACCAGCUGUGUCAGGAGAAGCCUCGGGUGAAGAAACGCAUGGGGAAAUUCAAGAGGAACCGGCUCAAGUUAAAAGAUGGCAAUCAUAUCAGCCUGCCUUCAGAUUUUCAGCAUAAAUUCACUGUGCAGGCUUCUCCAACGAUGGAUAAAAGGAAAAGCUUGAUCAGUAGCUGCUCCAGCCCUCCUGCAAGUCCUACCAUUAUUCCCAGACUCAGGGCCAUACAGUUGACUCCGGCUGAAAGCAGUAAAACGUGGGGACGAAGCUCAGUCCUUCCAAAGGAGGAAGGAGAGGAAGAAGAGAAGAGAGGCCAGAAGAAAAAGGGACGCACCUGGGGACCAAGCUCGCUUUGUCACAAGGAGCUAGGUGCAGGAGAAGAUGGUCUGAAAGCUCUGGUAGAAGGAUACAAACAGUGGUCAUCCAGUGCACCGAACCUGGGGAAGAUCCAGAGAACUGCUCCUGCUUUUCCAGGUUUCACCAGCUUAGCAGAGAUGGAUGAUGAAGACAGUGAAUGCCUCAAUGGGGAGGGCAAGGUUCACCCUUCACCUGGGCACAAUCAGUCAUACCUCUGCAUCCCAUUUCAGAAGAAUGAAGACUGGGAUGGCCCUUCUAGUGAUGCCAAUGAGGAGUCCACCCCUGUGAACUCUGCUACGAGUACCCCACAGUUGACACCCACCAACAGCCUCAAACGUAGUGGCUCUCACCAGAAGCGAUGUGAGAUUGCAUUGCUUGGCUGUGGAGCAGUGCUGGCUGCUGCAGGCCUGGGUUUUGAUCUAUUAGAAGCAGGGAAGUGUCAGCUGCUGAUCGAGGAGGAGCCAGAGGCACCCAAGGAAGAGAAGAAGAAGCGUGACAGCCUUUUCCAGCGAGCUGGACGCCCGCGCAGGAGCACUAGUCCACCUUCCAGAAAGAUCUUCAGGAAAGAUGAUCCCAUGUUGUUGCUAGGCGAGCCAUCCACAUCCCUCACCCUUCUGUCCCUGUCUUCCAUUUCCGAAUGUAAUUCCACCCGGUCCCUGCUGCGCUCAGACAGUGAUGAGAUUGUGGUGUAUGAAAUGCCUGUCAGCCCAGUGACAGUCAAGGCUCCCAUGCCAGCCAUUACCAACCCACUGGUCAAUGUCCAGAUCGAGAGGUUCAAACAAGACCCCAACCAGUCCCUGACUCCCACCCAUGUGACGCUCUCUUCCCACACCCAGCAAAGCGGGCACAGGCGCACACCUUCUGAUGGGGCCAUCAAAGGGAGUGGACUAGUUGUCAAUGGGUGUCCAACCAGUGGAUGCCCUUCCAGUAGCUGUUUAACUGGAGCACUGGGAGCAGGUGUAUUAAAAACACCUAGUCCAAGUAGAGAUCCCAGUGAGGUCCCUCGCCUGCCAGACCCCAACCUUGUUUUCCCUCCAGCCCCGAGACGAUGGAAUGCACAGCAGGACCCCACACUGGAAAGACCCAAGACACUGGAAUUCCUGCCUCGGCCACGUCCUGCAGCCGGUCGCCAGCGGCUUGAUCCCUGGUGGUUUGUAUCACCCAGCAAUACCAAGGGUGAAUCUUCUGCUAACAGUUCAAGUACUGAUACUCCAAGCAAUCUGGACUCCUGUUUUGCUAGUAGCAGCAGCACUGUAGAAGAGAGACCUGGACUGCCUGCACUGCUUCCUUUCCAGGUGGGUCUUCCUGUAGAGGAGCGGACACUGUUGGACAUAGAUGCUGAGGGGCAGAGCCAGGACAGCACCAUUCCGCUAUGCAGAAGUGAACUUAACUCACAAAAAGCUGCAGCAUAUGAACUCAAGCAAGAAUUCUGGUCCUAG